AUUGCGUUCAGUGUUAGUCAGUCAAUUAUUAUUUCAAGCGAUGAAUAAACGUUGACACGAUGAUUAACUCCUACUGCAUUUUGGUUAUAUUGGCAUCAUAUAUGGCGAUUGGAUUUUCACAGACUGUCACCAUAGUGUCUGAUAUUACGUUGGAAAUAGCAUGUGCAUUCAACGAGACAUCUUAUGGAGUGUUUACUCGAAAAAAAGUGGGAAAUGAUACAUUUGUGGAUGUCGUAGGUGUGGUCAACAAUAUAUAUGCGUGUUUUACACCCGACACAUCUCCGGGGAUAACUGCAAAAUGUAUUUGCAAACACAAUGUUGUGUGCAACCUUACUGUAACUUCCGAGGCUGACCUCGGGGACCAAUGGCAGUGUCGAACUUAUACACACGACAAUGCACCUAUAUACAGUGAAGCAGUCAUAAACAUACACAGAGGUGGACCGUUUACCUUUCAUAAAUAUGAAAACAAUACAUUACCGUAUGUUGAAAGCAAAUCUCAACAUAUUCCAAACGUUACGUUUGCUACAAAUGAAUUGAAAGAAAUAUACAACACUAAUUAUUCGAUUGAAUAUACCACAAUCGAUACGAACUACGUGAAUACUUUGAACAAUAGAGAAUCGAAUACGGGUGAUGAACUGAGCAAUAAAGCGUUUUCAAAAAGCGAACUUGUAAUCAUCAUUGCUGCUGCCGCUGUGGCACUAAUUAUAGCAGCAAACAUAUCAAUCUGCGCAUAUUGGAGAUAUAAAACGCACCCAAGCGAUCAGCAGACAGCGACAGUCAUGUUAAGUAGCAUAGAUGUAACCUCUGAAGAGAACACACAUGUUCAUUACCACGAGAUCGCAGAUACGCAAAUUGAGCCCAUGACUGGCGGUUCAACGUUGCAGAACAAUAUGGACAGAACCCAUCACCAAUCAUACACAGCAAGUCCAAUUGGAAACGUUGAUAGUAUUAUCUUAACGCAAGCAACUACCACUUAUAAUAUUUCCCAUGCACCGAGGUGUCACUUUUCUCAGUUUGUAACCCGGAUGAACAGCGAUGUUUCAUCACCCAGUACCUACUCCACAACCGCAGCUACAGAAUCAGGGAAGCGCUUUCCUUUCUUGGCCUUAGCAGAGAUAAACUUGUCCGACGAAAUGGAGGGAUCUUCAGAUGUCAAAACAGAUGUAUCAUGUGAAAGGGCGGAUGUGGAACCCGAGCAUUACGAGAAUCUUGAUCGAAGCCUAGGCGAAGAUAGUUUGCAGUACAGCAAUUUGGCUUGAGCAUACAACAACAACAACCAACAGAAGGAAGUUUUCAUAUUAAUUGUGUCAUCUUUUUCAAGAGACUCAGUCGACAAAGCAAACUGCUUGAUGUAGUUCAUGCUGUUACUGCAAUUAAAAUUGCUUCUUUUUAACACAAUUUGUAAAUAUGUCCAUCCCGAAAUUCGUCCGUUACCGAAUGGCUUUUUUAAUUGGAGGGUUUCGAUAUGCAUUGGCUAUUCUCGUAUCCUUUACAAUGAGUCGCGUGCUAAAAUCUUUGAUCGCGAAUAGAACCAGCAAUUGACAAAUUGGCUAGUCCGCAAUAAUACACUUUUUUCUUCGUUUUUUCGAAGUUCUCAAUAUUUCUUAAAGGCAUUAAUCAUAUGUAUCAUUUUUUAAUGAGUUAACCUACAAAGCAUAACGAUAAUCCGUUAUGUGAUUAACCUUGUUGAAAUAUAUUUAUAAAUUCGAUCCUAGCAUAUUCAUACAAUCAUAUUAUAAUUUAGUUUUUCAUCCAUACAUGGGGGUUAAAAGAGAUAAAUGUUUCUGCAAUUGCAAUAUUUUCGGGUUGAAUUUUGACAAAAAUGCAGAGUUUCGCCAUGAAGCCAUUUAAUUGUCAUUCGCCUGAAUGUCUGUUUUUUUUAUGUUUAUAAUAUUGAGUGUCACAAUAUGUUCAUUAUUCAAGUCCUUGCAUAUCCGCAACCUUAAUGUAGUUGUCUGUAGAUUUUUUUGAUUGCUUUUUUUGCAAUUAAGAUUACCUACUUAAGAGUGUUAAUUUUUAGCAACGGUAAGCGGCAUACUAAAUAUCAAAAUGCAUAAAGCAAAUGUUAACUAUUUUACAUUUUCCCAACCCUUGUUUCAACGCUUAUUACGACGCUCUGGAUGACAACACAAACAUAUCAGAUGAAUUUCCAGCGUGAUUUUGAGUUCAAUGUUUUCACAAAGGCGGUUUUUCCGAACGUGAAACGAAAAUUCUUGAUCACGAGCGAGAAUGAAUACUAAAUCAAUUUCAAGUUUCCAUUUUUAAACAUUAUGAAGAAAUUAUGAACCCAAUUUACGCACCCUACCGGUAGUUUGCGAUUGUAAAUACAGGACGCUUGACAAAUGUAACAUUUUGCUUAAAAUGUAUGUACAUAUGUAUGGGUAUAUUUAUGUAUUCGACAAUAAAACGAAGUGCGUUAAUCUUUUUGUAUAAAUGUCUUUUGUAUAUAUAACCAAAACUAGUAACAGUUUGUCUGUAUAAUACCAAAUACGAU